AUGCUGAAUCUCCAAGCUAAGUUAAAUGAAAAAAAGGUUCCUCUUUUAACAAACUUUCCCACACCAACAUCCUCACUCAAUAAUCUCAACUUGUUUUCUCUUCCUCUAGUAAAAAAAAAAAUGUCUUUCAAGAAGAUGAUGAAGUAUAUACUCAAAACCAUAUUCAAACCCAUUUUUAUGGCAUGCGGUUGCGGCUCUACCGUUCCACCUUCCUCUCACAGCCACUACACCCCGGGACCACCGGUUUCUCCCACGGUUUUACGCAGCCCAUGUCCUAAGAUCGAUGAGAGCGUCGCGAUGGCUAAAGAAUCAAUCAAUCCGUUCGAAGAUUACAAGAAGUCGAUGAAUCAGAUGAUCGAAGAGAGAUAUAUCGAGACGGAAAGUGAACUUAAGGAGCUUCUAAGGUGUUUCUUGGACAUAAACCCUUCUCCUCAACACAAUCUCAUCGUCCGUGCUUUUGUCGACGUCUGUUCACAUCUCCAACCACCACACGACCGACGUGGGAAGUCACUUGGGAGAUUGCUUCGUCUAUAUGUUAACAAUCCUCUUGAUAACAAUGAUGAUGACUCACACCAAACUUCUUCAAAAUGAGGAACUAAAUCCUCCUCAUAUCUCUCUCUAUAUAUAGAUGUUACAAUAUUGUGAAUAAUUUCAAUUUAUGAUUCCAUGACUAGAUGUAAACUAUUAAACAACACCAACAAAAAUCAAAGUUAUACCUCAAAGCCUAGCUCUAACGUA